AUCACAGUGGGGUCGAUGGGUUGAUGGUCGACGGUCACGAAUUGUAGUGUGCUGCAGUCGGCUAGUCAAGCGGAAAAUUCGUAAGAGACGACAAAGAGAGUGGGAGCGAGUUAUUAGAAAGUUUAGCUAAAUUUUUUUGUUUUUACAAUUUUUACAUAUGGUUGUUCAUACAUACAUACUAGGUACAUACAUUACGGCAACUCUUCCUGAGCACUCACAUAUUCAAUAGAUCACUGGGAGUGUAACGUUCACAACCGGCGAGUCAUAGUAGGGGGUGGCGUCCGUGUGAGUCAAGCAUAUUGCUCAUAUCACUCAAAUAGCAGCGCAUGCAGAGAGUGCAGACAGCAGAGCAUACGUUGCUGAUCAUAUGGAGCAGGAGUAGUAAUUAAGCGUACAUGUAUGUAUGUAUAUGACGGUCAAACUUAUGUACCAUACAAGACAUACUUAUGUACAGGCGUAUGCAGUAGAUAUAUUACGUGCCACAAGCAGCGCGCAUAGCGGCAACCACGGGAACGGCAAUAGAAGCAGAAGCUGAAGCAACAGCCAACUGCUAUGGUUAGAAGAAGCAACAGCAGAAAUUAAAUCAUCGUAGAAGUGAGGCCAACAAUGCCGCAUAAUUAAAUUGAAGAGUCUUUUAAGUAGUUACUCAAAUGUGUGUGGUAGCGAUUUGAAAGGUGCAGCUUUUUAAUGAAAAAAUAAUAAUAAUAAUUACAUACAAGUAAUAAAAUAUAACUGAAAACUCUAUAUUUAUUUAAUGUGAGUUAAAUAAAAUUUUAGAGUUGCACUUAAACAAACAAAUUGACGUAUUUGCGAAAAAAGUGAAUAAAAAGCAAAUAUAUUCCAAUGAAAAUUUUGUAACUUAGUGUUUGGAGCAUGGAAAAUAUUACUGCACAUUGCAAAUAUUAGCGCAGACUCAAAUGCAACCGGAAAACUAAAUAUACAUAUGUACAUACAUACAUACAAAUACAAAAUUAAAGCAAGUAUUACCAAAUCACGCAAACUCUACGUAAACGGGUGUGAUAUUAACGUCAGUAUCAUCGAUAAUACAUAUGUAUGUAUAUAUGUAUGCAUGUAAAUAGUGGUGUGAUUAUGCGUGCUACUGGUGUAUAUAUGUACAUAACAUGUAUAUAAACAAUAAACACACAGUUUAAUUGAAACUCAGAAACAGUAAAAGAAAGAACAACAUGAUUAGACAAAUAAUGUUAUGUUGAAAAGUAACUAAACCCAUUUUGAUCGGAGUCUAAUAGAAAAGUCAAUGCAGCAGUGAGAUAAAGAGAAAGUGUACGCAUGAACUUUGAGAUGGAAAAUAUGCAUAAAUCAAUAUAAAUAAUUUGUGGACAUAUGCGUAUGCGCGGCAAUUAGAAAUAUGCUCAAGAUAUUUUGAAAAUAAACAACAUAAAUCAGCAUCCGCAAAUAUUUGAAGUACACAGAUUGACAGCUAAUCAAAUGUACGAGUAAACGCAAGUGAUAACUGCACAAAGAUCAUACGAACAAAAUAAAAUAACGUGAAAAGCGGAACUGUAGUUGUAUACAAACAAAAACCGUUAUCAGUCGUUGACAUUUCGAAUUUUGACAGUGCCGUAUAUAAACUAAACUGCAAUCAGGCGAACCAUAGUAGUUUGCCAGUUGCAGCAGUUAAAGCAUACUCAAAUAAAAUACAUUUAAAAUAAAAAUAGUCUGUCUUCUUUUGAUAUACAUUAGUGAAAAUCACUUAUGCACCCAAACUGAAUAAUUCGCUCGAGAUUUCUAUGCGCAAAUUUAUAAACUCUUAGAACGAGCAAACUCAUUAUGGUUCAAGGAACACUGUGCGGACAUAAAAUACAUACAAACGCAUGGCAAACAGUGAGUUAUAGUAAAAAACCGCAAACGAAAAAUCAACUUAAAGCAAAAGGUGGAGGUGGUGGAAAUACCGAUACACAAAAUACAACAAAUACACAAAUUAAAAAUACAUUGAAUAAAAAUUCUGUAGCAAAAACAAAAUCGCAAACUACAACAUUGCUGUUGAAAGCGGCAGCCAACAGUAAAAAAAUCUCAAGGACGAAGACGUCAACAAAUCAAAAGCUGAAUAUAGCACAACCUACUGCGGCCACAGUGAAGCAGAAAACAGCACCCACUGUUGACAUAAGAAAAACAGCAAUAGCUGCAGUUGGCAGCGUACCAACUCAGCAGCAGCAACAAUAUACACUGCGUAAUCGACAGCAACAGCAGAACGUACAGCGGCAACAGUCGCCCUUAUUGUAUGUUCGUCGUCGGCGCGCAAAUAACGAAAUCAGACAACUUAAACGUGCUCACCGACACCUAUUGACUAGUGGUGGUUGUGACUGGCAGCACCGCCAAGCGACCAAUAGCAGUGCUGCUGGUGUGGCAACCUUACGCAAGCAAGACGUCAAGUGUCCAACGAAGGCCAAUAACAACAACGGUAGUCAAACGAACAGCUGUCGCUGUUCAGCGACAAAGAAGAAACAGCAAAAGUGUCAUCCACCACAACAACAAAAACAACAUAAGAGAAAAUUGCAAAAUUUAGUGAAAAAUGCCCACAGUGGCGGAGGAGCAGGUAGUAAUAGUAGUGGUAAAUCAAAACAGGAGAAAGGUAAACAACAAAUUGGCAUUGAACGUGUUGGAACGAAGAAUUCAAGAGAAUCGUAUGCUGAAUCUGUUAUCUCAUCACGUUGGGAUUCGAUUGAAGAACAAUUAAAUUAUUUGGAUAAAUUACUUUAUUUCUGUGAAGACGAAGAAGAUGCCUGUUGUGCAUGGAAUUGUAAUAUAAACAAAGCUUACGACUGCUGUAGUGUAAGAGCUAGAUCAGAAGAGAUUUAUUACGAAGGUGACGUCGACGACGAUUACGAGAGUGAUUGUAGUGCUGAUUGGAGCGAAUCAGAGAUGUCAACUUCAGACAAGAGUGUGGACGAUGCAGAUAUGCAGUCCACUACAAGUGGUGCAGGAUCUGCAUCCACUAAUACAUCACCAGCCGUUCCUACCUCACAUAGGCGACGCGGCCAUCAGCAUCACCCACGUUUUACGGGUACACGCCGUCCAAAUAUUCCAAAUGUUCAAGAAAUACUAGCUGCAUUAUAUCGAGGUGAUUCACAAAGUGUACUCACCAACUUACGUCAAGCAGCUCAAGCAGUACAAGAUGACAGCACCAUGUCCAUUAGUGGUGGUGGAGGAAGCGAUGUAGAAACAGUAUCUUCGACAAUGGGAGAUUCACAAUAUACCGAUGAGCAAGAUGAAGACUUGGAUUUGCAGCUCACAAAAUCGUCAAUGCUAAACUUGCCCCUUACCGAUUCGGUAACUACGUCGAUGGGUAGCAACAGUCCAACUCCCACGGAUGAAAGCAGUAUGGUUGAUGAAGGCGUGGUAAGCGCACCAACGCCCACCAGUACUACUACAACCGAGAGUGCAACUCCAAAAUCACAAAAAAGUAAAUCUAAACGUGAUAAAAGUGAAAAACUGGAUCGUUCAGAAAAAAAGAAAAAGGCAAAGAAGGAUAAGAGUAAACGUGCAUCAGUUUGUUCAGAUGCAGAUGGUAAUGUAAUAAGUACAGGCGAAGUGAAUACAGCAGCAGAUGAAGGUAUCGCCAUUGAUGAUGAGGAUGUGCAAUCAGCUGAGUGGGCGAAGUUACGUUGUACCAGCGAGUCCGCAGAAAUUGUUGCAGAGCGUGAGGCUCGUCGUAAUAAAGGUCGCUGCGCCGACUAUCCUGGACUCGCAUUUGGCCGUUCCAUAUUCAGCUCGGAUACUAUGAUGAAGUUCAAUAUCAUACGUAACGAAUUGCAUAACAUCAUGAAAACGCAGCUUAAACGGGCCGAAUCAGAAGUAGCUGCAUUGAACCGUCGCAUUCAAUUGCUCGAAGAAGACUUGGAACGUUCAGAAGAGCGUUUGGGAUCAGCCACAGCCAAGCUUUCGGAAGCUUCUCAAGCUGCCGAUGAGAGCGAACGGAUACGAAAAGCUCUUGAAAAUCGUACAAAUUUGGAAGACGACAGAGUAGCUAUUUUGGAAACUCAAUUAGUCCAGGCAAAAUUAAUCGCCGAAGAGGCCGAUAAAAAAUACGAAGAGGUUGCCAGAAAGUUAGUCCUCAUGGAACAGGAUUUGGAACGUUCCGAGGAAAAAGUUGAACUUAGCGAAAGCAAAAUUGUGGAGCUCGAGGAAGAACUCCGCGUUGUUGGUAACAACUUGAAAUCCCUUGAAGUAUCAGAGGAAAAGGCCACGCAAAAAGAGGAGACUUUCGAGAGUCAAAUCAGACUUUUGGAUCAUCAGUUGAGAGAGGCUGAAGCCCGUGCUGAAUUCGCCGAACGUUCCGUUCAAAAAUUGCAGAAGGAAGUCGACAGGCUCGAAGAUGAUAUAAUUGUUGAAAAGGAGCGUUAUUGUCUCAUCGGCGACAGCCUUGACUUGGCCUUUAUGGAUCUGAUACCGGGACUUGAACCAUUCUGGACACCACGUAAUCCCAAACCGCCAACACCUAAAGUGCCAACGCCGACUCCUGAGGAAAUUGCUGCGGCGGAGGCUGCUAAAGCUGAGGCAGAAGCCGCUGCGGCUGCGGCUGCAGAAGCAGAAGCAGCGGCAGCUGAAGCUGGAGCUGGAGCCAACGCACCCGAAGGUGAAGAGGGUGCAGCGAGAAGAGUUUCUAAGGUGCCUUCCACGGAAGGUGUACCAGCUGAGGCUGAACCGGUUAAAGAACCUACACCACCACCGCCACCACCACCACCGUUUGAGUACUCCAUCGAUUUGCCACCAGAAGGUGCUGAAGUGCCAUUCGUUAAGAAUUAUGAACCACCACCACCUGGCGCAGAACCAACAGAGGGCGAAUCAGCUCCUCCCGCCGAGAGUGCCGCACCAGCGGAAGGUGCUCCAGCAGCACCAGAAGGUGGUGCCCCCGCUGCGGAGAGUGCGCCAGCUGCACCUGCAGAAGGAGCUCCUCCACCAGCUGAAGGUGCACCAGCAGAAGCGGUUGUCGCACCACCAGCAGAUGCUGCCGCUCCUGCACCGGCUGCCGAAGCCGCUGCGGCGCCAGCUGCUGAGGGUGCGCCACCCGCGGAAGCUGCACCCGCUGCGGAGGCGGCACCCGCUGCAGAAGCUGCACCGGCGCCAGCAACGGAUGCUGCACCAGCUGCUCAAGCGGCACCAGAACCAGCAGCCACCGCCUAAUUUUUAAUCACUAAAACUUAAGUCCAAACUAAUCCAUAAGCACCUGGAGUGCAGGGGGCGAACCUCUUCUUUGGGCGUGACAGUGGCAUAGGCGAUAAACACAGCCGCUACAAAAAAGCUGCCAGUUUUAGUUGUUUGCAUGAACGCGUUUAGUUUAGAGGAUCCAUAAUUAAUUACAUACAUACAAUUUUUUGAAUACCUACUUAAUUAAAUUAAAGCUAUGCAUUUCUUAUGUUUUUCCUUAAUUAUUAAUAAUAAAAAAUCUAAAAAAAAUUAUACGCUAUUUAAAAACAAACAUUUGAUGUUAGGUACUGUUUUGCUAUGAACGGAGUGUUUAUGUUUUUUCCUUUUUUCAUAUUUAAUGCUAACAACAACUUGCCAAGCUUGAUUCAAUUAUAUUUUUGUUUCGAGAAAACGCUUUUAAAAUAAUAUAACAGUAAACACCGCAAAGUGUCGCGGCUGCCGUACUAACAACUCAACAUGCCGCUAUGCCAAUAUGCCAAUGAAUGAAUGCAGCUGCUUUUGAACAUUGCGCCGUCUAAUGAAGCAAGAAAGGUAAACUUUAUUUUCAUUUUAAUUUGAUUUGUGUACAUUUAUUUCUUUCUUGUUUAUUAUUUAUGUUUUUUUUAUUUGUAUUUAUAUAACUUUAAAAAUAUUGUUUUAUUAUUAUAUUGAAUAAAUUUGUGAUAUUUGUGCAAAGGGCACAAAAUUGGAACAAAUGUUUUAGAAACAUUUUUCAAAGAAUUCAUGUUCUUCGAUAUAUUUUUUAUAUUUUUAUCUGUAUGUAUUCUGUCUUAUUUAAGUUAAUUUAUUGUUUAAAACAUAUAUGUCGUUUAAUUAUUAAUAUUUAUGCUAUUAUUUAAAUGUAUCAUUAAUUUAUUUAUGUUUUUCUGUGUACAAUUUUAUUUUACUUAAAUUUUAAUUUAUUCUAUUUACAAUUCUUUUUUAACCCACUCAACUUCAUUAGACGACCUUGUCUUGGAGAAGGAACGUUACAAGGAUAUUGGAGACGAUCUCGAUACCGCCUUCGUCGAGCU